UGAGAUUAAAUAUAUUAUUUCCAAGUACCAAUAAACAUGUAUUACACUUAUUGUCACAGAUGGACUAUAUACUCUGACAACCAAAGAUGGAGAGCAGUACCAAACCUUCUGUGACAUGACCACCAAUGGAGGAGGAUGGACAUUGGUGGCCAGUGUACAUGAAAACAAUAUGUAUGGAAAGUGCACAACAGGAGAUCGCUGGACAAGUCAGCAGGGCAAUUCCGCUAACUAUCCUGAGGGUGAUCACAAUUGGGCAAACUAUGCCACAUUUGGUAAUGCUGUUGGAGCAACUAGUGAUGACUACAAGGUACCAAACAUUAUACAAUUCUCUGAAUGGUUUUGGGAUCAUCCAUUUUCUUAUAAAUGUAGCCGUCGUGAAAUUAAGAAGGCACGGCUAACAGGGUUUUAAUCCUUUUUAUGUUAAUAUUGAGGUGUAUGGCUAGUGAUUUAGAGAGUGAUCUUCUGGGUUUAGAAUGUCAAAAUGCAGAAUUAGAAGCUGGUUGCAUCAUUUCAACAUCCUGCUCAUUUAUGUCUACAUUUGCUUUCUUUAACCUAUGGUUUUAAAGCCAACCUUAUAUAAAAUAUCAGGGAGAAUUUUUUUAAAAAGCUGUAAAUGAAUGGCACAGGGUUUAUCAUCACUCACCUGAUGCUAUAGGGAUAAUGCCACACAAUCUGGAACACCACUUUCAAGACAAAUAUAUAGAGAAGGAAUAGCCAUUUAAAAUAUAAGACCUAUUGACCUAUUGGUGGUAAGGAAAACAUAUUCACCUUUCCAGUUCAAGGUUUUUUUGUUUAAGCUUUGGAGUACAUGUUGACACAGAUUCCAAUCCAAUCUUUAGGUUCAUGUCCAGAUAAGGUUUUUCAUGCAAUCUCGUGCAUGUCUAGAUAUCGAUUUUAAUAAAGUAUAAACAAACAUGUGACAUCGCAAAUGGCCCUUUGUAGAGUAAAGUGGUAGCCCACUGCUCCUGAGCCUCAUGCCACAGUCAGGAACUGCAAUCCCUCAAUAGUAAUUUAGCAAAAAUUGGAUGGUCUCAAAUGAGUGUGAAUAGUGUUUGUACACACAGGCACAGGUAUAUGCAAUGUUUCGACUUCUCCUCCUUAGUCAUGCAUAAAGAACACCCCCAUACACCAUACAAUACAUAGCAAAAAUAAAUAAUGACAUCAAUUAAACAAUCUUAUGACAUGCUGUCCCAUGUUUGCAAAUUGCCAAAUGUAGGUAGACAACACAAUCUACAAAACCAUAGUGAGUUGUACAGGCUGAAAGCAAGGGCGUCCCAUCCUAAAGAAAUAGCAGAGGGAAUUGCACAGCAUAUUCUUCUCGAUAUGGCAUAUAGUGAGUGGCAGGUACCUGAAUAUCAGGACAAAAUAACUGCAGAGAUGGAUUUUAAUCCAAUGUUUGAGUUCCUUCUCAGAUAUUCUUUUUAUUUACUCUUGAAUACUCUUUUUUUAAUGUUAACUUAGUGUGCAUAUUGAUACCAAAUUAUGUCUCAUCUUGGGGUUCAUAAAAAUACAUGGAUUUAUCUAAUCGUUGGAUUCAUAUCAAUAUAGGGGUUUAUCUAAUCUUUGACUGUAUAGAGUUAUGGGGGUUCCAUACCUCCCAACAUUUCAAAUGGAGAUAGAGGGACACUUUCAUUUUAGGAAUGUGGGUGUGGUGUGACCAGGGUGGGUCUUUUCUGAGAAAAUGCAUGUGACCCAUCAAUGAUAAUUUCUGAAAAAAAAAUGUAAGUUAGAACAAUAUACAUAUACAUCCUAUUCACAUAGGCUGGUUUUCUUAACUCUUAUAUAUAAUUUAAAAGCACAUUGAUGUGAGUAUUCUUGCUGUGGAGCCAUGUUAAACAUCCAAACACACCAGGUGAUUUUACAAACAGAAUUAUAGGUUAUUACAUUCAUUAUUACACCCAAGGGUCUCUAGGACUUGCGAUCUAAACAUGUUUUCUGCUUGCUAAUCAGAUUGUUCUGUAACUUUUUAUCCUGUAUCCUGUAGCCUGGUUUAAUGAAAUAAUUACUAUUUCCCAGAAUCCAGGAUAUUAUGACAUAUCCUCCAACGACUUGGGUUUGUGGCAUGUGCCUAACCUGACUCCACUUUCUCAAUGGAGGGACACAGCUCUGCUGAGAUAUCGCACAGAAAAUGGCUUCUUGCCCACAGAAGGAGGAAACCUUUUCAACUUGUACAAGGUACAAUAUAGCUCCAAAACACAUUUGAACUUCUCAAGAUGUGUACAUUUAUUUACACGUCUAACACGUCUGCAACUAUCAACAUUUUAUAUUGAAUUUAUAAAGAAAACUAUAUUCCCGAUGAUGAAAUCAUGCUUGAGGAAUUUAAAUAUAAUUUAAUCAACUUAAAAUUUCAAACUAAUUCACUUUGAAUUCAUCACAUAAAUCAGAAAGAUUUCUUCAUUGAAACAUAUUGUUUAAUAAAUUUAUAAAAUAAAACUAUAUUGUUAUUAUAUAUAGUAUAUUUAGUCCACCGCAAUUUAAUGUUCCAUGACUUAAUGGCCUAGAAUUUUGAUUUUACUUUGAAUGCCUGAUAAUGAACAAUUUUAGUAUAUAGUCUCAUGAAACUUGAAGAUAGGAGAUUUUGCCUACUGAAUCAGAAAAGUAACUUUACUGAAAAGAACUGUUAAAUUAAAUAUAUUAUGUAAAAAUAAAGUUCGGAAUAUAUUUUAGGCAAAACAUAGUAUAUGUACUAUUUUAGCAACACUCCAUAGACAAAUGUUAUAUUUAAUUAAUGUAUUCAUUAUUUUUCACAAACAUGUACAUAUACCCCCCCCCAAAGAAAACUUGCAUGCAUUGUUUUCUGCAUAUUGUAUUUGAUAUAUGAAAAAAACAGUUUGCAAAAGCUGCAGAUCUGUUGGUUAUAUAAAUCAGAGGCUACUUAUUAAGAAGCCUCUGUGCUCAACGCAGGAGCACACACAUGCAUGCACGCACGCACACGCGCACACAAGAAAGUGGUUUUCCUAUUCUUCUCUAUGAGAAAGAGUCAAGGCAGGCAUGCUCUGGAAAUGUGUGCCUGCCCCUUCUAUUAGCUCUGAGGAGCUAACAGGAGUGGAAGAAAACCUUUAUGACUGUCUGAAAAUGGCACUUUUAUAAUCUGUCUAGAAAAUGCCAGAUUCCAGAUGGCUAAAGCAAGUCAAGGUGUGGAGUGUUCCUUUUACAUGAUCAUUGUCAACAGCUUGUUAAUAAUGAUCAGGUUAACAACUUGUUAAUAAUGAUCAGGUUAACAACUUGUUAAUAAUGAUCCAAGGAGAAACUUUUUAGCAAUUUUGGACACAAACGUUUUCUUUUCUAUUUCUGGGGCACAAUUGAAAAUUGCUUUCAGUGAUCAUACAGGGGGCACAUUUUUGCAUCUAUGGUGGUAUUGCGAUAAACUAAAAAAAAAAUUGGGGAGUUAUUAGACUAAUUUUGAAAGAAAUGAAAUUGCCACAAUUAGGAUUUAACCCAGAAUCAUAUCUACUACAUCUUACUUGGCUUAGAAAGAAUAAAGUAGGUACUUUCAGGAUUAUACACAUAUUAGUUGCAGCCAAAAUAGCCUUAGCUAAUAGUUGGAAAAGCCAGGAAAUCAUAUAUCUUAGAAAUACAAAAAAAACAAUUAAGGAUGGAAAAUGAUUUCUUAUUUAAGGAUGAUUUAUAGCAACCAAAACAAGGACAGAAGGUGCCUGUAGCAAGUGUGUUAAAAAAUGAUAAGCUUAGAGUCAUUUCUACAACUGCUCGCAGUUUAGGGAAUAAGAUCCAUGAACUUGUGGCAAUAAUGUCAACUGAUAAUGUAGAUUUAGUUGCUGUUACUGAGACAUGGUAUAAUAAAAAAAACAACUGGGACAUAGCAAUACCAGGGUACUCUUUAUGUAGAAAAGACAGGGAAGGCAAGAAAGGGGGAGGGGUGGCCCUGUAUGUGAAGGAUAGCAUAAAAUCUAGCCUAAGAAAAAAAAGUUAGUGAGGCGAACAUAGAGUCCGUUUGGGUUACGUUAGAAUUUGGUAAUCAUACAAUAACUCGUGUAGAUGUGAUUUAUAGGCCCCCAGGACAAAUUGAAGAGUUAGAUAAUCUACUAGUUGAGGAAAUAGCUAAAAUGACAAUGAAGGGGGAAGUUAUAAUCAUGGGUGACUUUAAUCUUCCUUGAUGUGAAUUGGAAAACCAAAAUAGCUGCUUGUGCCUACUGGGAUUGUCUCUUAAACAAGUCGUUGAGGAGCCAACUCGUAAAGAGGCCAUACUAGACUUAGUGUUAACAAAUGGAGAUUUGGUAUCAGGUAUUACUGUAGGUGAAAGUUUAGGAUCCAGUGAUCAUCAGUCAGUGUGGUUUACUAUAAGAACAGUGACUGAGUCACACCACACAAAAACAAAAGUUUUAGACUUUAAAAAAAACAGACUUUUCUAAAAUUAGAAUAUGUGUAAAGGAGUCAUUAUCAGACUGGAGCAAUUUAAAUGGAGUCCAAGAAAAAUGGGAUUAUUUAAAAGUUGCACUGCUGAAGGCAACAGAAAAUUGCAUUAGGCUUGUCAGUAAAAGCAAAAAAUUCAAGAAACCACUGUGUUACUCCGCAGAUGUGGCCAAAAUAGUAAAAAACUAAAAGUUAGCAUUUAGUAAUUAUAAAAAAAAACAGAGUGAGGAAGACAGAAUGAUCUAUAAGAUUAGGCAGAAAGAGGCUAAUAGCUUCAAAAUCACACACAGAAGAGAAAAUAGCACGGUCAGUAAAAAAAGGGGGACAAAACAUUUUUUUAGAUACAUAAAUGAGAAAAGGAAAAUAAAACAUGGAUUAGUUAGAUUAAAAACAAAAGAAGGAAGGUAUGUAGAAGAGGAUAAAGGUGAUAAAGGUCUAGCUGACUGCCUCAAUUAAUAUUUUUGUUCAGUAUUUACAGAUGAAAAUCAAGGAAAGGGACCUAGGAAAGAGGACAAAUGAGUCACUAAUUACAUGUGAGUUUACAGAGGAAGAGGUUCUAUUUCAACUGUUAAAAGUAAAGACAAAUAAGUCAAUGGGACCUGAUGGAAUGCACCCAAAGUUAUUAAAAGAGCUUAGUGGUGUACUAGCAAAACCAUUAACAGAUUUAUUUAACCGAUCAUUGUUAACAGGAGUAGUCCCAGAGGAUUGGAAAUUAGCGAAUGUUGUGCCCAUUCACAAGAAAUGUAGUAGAGAGGAGUAUACUACUAUAACUAUAGGCCAGCAAGCCUUACUUCAGUAGUGGGGAAAGUAAUGGAAACCAUGUUAAAGGAUAGGAUUGUUGAACAUCUAAAAACACAUGUAUUUCAAGAUCAACAUGGGUUUACUUCAGGGAGAUCAUGCCAAACUAAUCGUAUUGAUUUUUUUGAUUGGGUAACUAAAAUGAUAGAUCAGGGUGGUGCAGUAGACAUUGCUUACCUAGAUUUCAGUAAGGCUGCACAUAGAAGGCUUAUCAAUAAAUUGCAAUCUUUAAGUUUGGAUCCCAAUAUUGUUGAAUGGGUAAGGCAGUGGCUGAGUGACAGGCAACAGAGGGUUGUAGUCAAUGGAGUAUAUUCGAAGCUUGGGCUUGUCACCAGUGGGUACCUCAGGUAUCUGUACUUGGACCCAUUCUCUUUAAUAUUUUUAUUAGUGAUAUUCAGAAGGUUUUGAUGGUAAGGUAUGUCGUUUUGCUGAUGAUACUAAGAUAUGUAACAGGGUUGAUGUUCCAGGAGGGAUAAGCCAAAUGGCAAAUGAUUGAGGUAAACUAGAAAAAUGGUCAGAAUUGUGGCAACUGACAUUUAAAGUGGAUAAGUGCAAAGUGCGAAAUAAUGCAUCUUGGACGUAAAAACCCAAGGGCAGAGUACAGAAUAUUUGAUAGAGUCCUAACCUCAACAUCUGAGGAAAGGGAUUUAGGGGUGAUUAUUUCUAAUGACUUAAAGGUAGGCAGACAAUGUAAUAGAGCAGCAGGAAAUGCUAGUAGAAUGCUUGGUUGUAUAGAGAGAGGUAUUAGCAGUAGAAAGAGGGAAGUGCUCAUGCCAUUGUACAGAACACUGGUGAGACCUCACUUGGAGUAUUGUACACAGUACUGGAGACCGUAUCUUCAGAAGGAUAUUGAUACCUUAGAGAGGGUUCAGAGAAGGGCUACUAAACUGGUUCAUGGAUUGCGGGAUAAAACUUACCAGGAAAGGUUAAAGGAUCUUAACAUGUAUAGCUUGGAGGAAAGACGAGACAGGGGGGAUAUGAUAGAAACAUUUAAAUACAUAAAGGGAAUCAACACAGUAAAGGAGGAGACUAUAUUUAAAAGAAGAAAAACUACCACAACAAGAGGACAUAGUCUUAAAUUAGAGGGACAAAUGUUUAAAAAUAAUAUCAGGAAGUAUUACUUUACUGAGAGGGUAGUGGGUGCAUGGAAUAGCCUUCCAGCUGAAGUGGUAGAGGUUAAAACAGUAAAGGGAUUUAAGCAUGCGUGGGAUAGGCAUAAGGCUAUCCUAACUAUAAGAUAAGACUAGGGAUUAAUGAAAGUAUUUAGAAAAUUGGGCAGACUAUAUGGGCCGAAUGGUUCUUAUCUGCCGUCACAUUCUAUGUUUCUAUGUUUCUAAAACUAUGAAAAAAAUGGCUUUCUUAUAGAGACAUUUAGAGUAUAGUAACCCCCCUUUUUUUCUCCCUCUUUUAUUCUCUAUGUAAUGUAAACACGUUUUUGCUUAUAUUAUAGACACUAACUAAAGAAAUUAUGUAUUCUUUAUUGUCUCUCUUUCACUUACAUAAAACCUCAUACAGAAUAUAUAAGUAUGGAUAUUCCUCCUCUAUAAAGGAGUUAUUGCUCAGAUAAGUUAAUAUAAAAUUAUUCAGGAAAAACAAGAGAAAGGGAGAAUGAGAAAGAUGAAAGGGCAAUGUCAAAGGAAACGAAAGAAAGAGAAAGAUGAAAGUUAGAAGAGGGGGUAAAAGAAGGAAAACAGCAGAGAACAUUAUUUAUUGAGAUACCCGAACUAUACAGUAUAUGGGUAAUAUAUAUAUUCCUAGCUAUAUAUUUGUUUUCCCCCUUUUUUUUUUUUUUGCUUUGCUUUGUUCUUUUCUUCUAUUUCUAUACUAUGUCAUUUUUAUACACAUGUUCUUUUCUGUAUUUAAGAGAAGUGAAUCCUCUCUUAAAUAGGGAAACAUGAGUCUAAAACCUGUUGGACUGACAUUCUUUCUCUUGAGCAGUAUAGAAAUCAGUAACAUCUCUUGGUUAGAAAGGAAUUCUACUCUUCUAGCCAGGUAACAUGUAUGCAGAAUGUUUAUAUUAACAUUAACAAUCAUUUCCUCUCUCUGUCCUUAGAAAUAUCCACUGAAGUAUAACAUUGGGAGCUGCAUAGUCAACAAUGGACCUUCUGCACCGGUUGUGUAUGACUAUGGAAAUGCUGAAAAGGCAGCCAAUUACUAUUCUCCAACUGGAAGAGGUAAGGCAAUAUUUAUUUAUAUAUAAAUUUGAACCCUAAAUCAGGACAACCAUGUGUGUACAUACUAUGUCCUCCUUCUUUCUCAUUCUGCAGGCGAGUUUACUGCCGGCUUUGUCCAGUUUCGAGUUUUUAACAAUGAAAGAGCAGCAUUGGCUCUGUGCCCAGGAAUGAAGGUGACAGGAUGCAAUCCUGAACAUGUAAGUAUGGACACUUUCUGCCUCUUCUAAAGCAUCUACAGGCAUGAAUAGUACAGGUCCAAACAUGGGCAGGAGAAGUGAGGGGUAGUCCCAUGUCUCAAGCUUUCACAGGCACUCUUAAAUGUGGACACAAUCGAGGAGCUUGCACAGUGCUAUCUCUGGGAGCCAGGCACCUCUCAAUGCCCAGCAAUCAGAGACAGACGUGUUGGCUAUGCGGUGGGCAGAGUUACUGAUAGCAAGCUCAUAUUCUGACACCUGUUGCCUCUCUUUGUGAGCAGCAAGCUAAGGAGAUCAACACUAUAUACAGAGACAAAAUCAUUUGCAGGGACAACAUCUUAUUAUAGGCAGAGACAACAUCCUAUUAGAAAUCAUCUAUCAUUUUAUCUUGGUUUAAGCUAAGGAUAAGAAGAUAACAUAAAAUUAUAAUUGUGUGUAUUAGUCUUUAUCUAAUGAUGUGUAUCUCUGUGUGUAUGUCUCUAGAUGUCUACUAGUGUAUGACAAUGUGAGUGGUAGUGUAUGUCUUCAUGAGUGAUUUUGUGCAUCCUUGUGUUUUGUGUAUCUAUGUGUCUGUGCAUUUGUGUACUUACAUAUAUCUAAGUAUAUGUUCUAGUAUGUGAUGUGUUGCUAAUUAAAUUGAUAUGAGUGACAAGUAGUGAUGUCCCGAACGGUUCGCCGAACGGUUCGCCACGGACUCAUCAUUGAGUAAACUUUGACCCUGUACCUCACAGUCAGCAGACACAUUUCAGCCAAUCAGCAGCAGACCCUCCCUCCCAGACCCUCCCACCUCCUGGACAGCAUCCAUUUUACAUUCAUUGUGAAGCUGCAUUCUUGGUGAGCUGUCCAGGAGGUGGGAGGGUCUGGGAGGGAGGGUCUGCUGCUGAUUGGCUGGAAUGUGUCUGCUGACUGUGAGGUACAGGGUCAAAGUUUACUCAAUGAUGAGUCCGUGGCGAACCGUUCGUGGUGAACCGUUCGGGACAUCACUAGUGACAAGCUGUACAUUGAUUGUGCAUGUUUCAUAAUUAGAUGUUUGCAAAUGGCUGCUAAUGUAUGUGUGAUAAAUUAUAUAUGCAGAACUUCCCUCAGGAAUGUAGUUCUUUUGUAAGAAGCCAGUUUAAGGAAGAAAUCCUGCUAGAGCACAUAUCCCCAAUAUGUGGUCAAUGUAGGGAUAUAUAUUUUUCUCAGACUGGACCACACUGCAGAGCACCCACACAGGGGGGCUUUUUAAUUAGAGCACUGCUGGUUCCCUUUGAACACUUACUGCAGUGACAGAAGGGUGUAAUGCUUGAUCAUUGAUCAUUUCCUCCAUAAGUACAACAUACCAUACAGGAGCCAAGAAAAGCCUGGAACUUGCACUAGCACUCUCCCCCUAGACCCCAGGGAAAACACCCUCUUGCAGAAAGUGAGAAAGAAAACAGAAGUGUAGCUAAAACAUCUAUAUUAUUUGACAUGAUUGUGACUUGUACUCUGUGUGCGUGUGUCUGGUUGGCAUUGUGUGUACGUGUGUUUGUACUUGACUGUGUGUAUAUGUAUGGCUUGGUUCUGUGUACCGUGUGUCUUUCUAGUCAGGUGUAUAUGUGUGUGUCUGACUAUGUGUGUAUGAGUGUUACAUAUUUGACUACAUUGAAAGAAAGACUAAAGUCCAUCAAGUUCUACGUUAAAGCCCAUUAUUUUAUGCUGUUAAUCCAAAAUAAAGUAAACACAAACAAUUGUAGCUAGAUCUAAUUCUGUCACAAAAAGGGAAAACAUCCUUCUUGACUCCAUAAUGGCAGAUUUCUCCUUGGAUCAACAAACUGCUUACAUACAUAUCAUUUAUAUAUUUCAUGUGUAUGUAAGUAAGUAGGUGUCUGGCUGUUGGGUGUGUGUGUAUAUACAUAUAUAUUGAAGUGUAUAGUGGGGUGGCCCUGCCACAAUUUUUUUAAUAGGGUCUCAAAAUUUCUCCCUCCAUGUGUGUGAUUGUGUGCACAAAGGUGGCCUCACAAUUCUGUUAUUAAGGACACCUCAAGUAAUAUGGACAAACCUAAAACAGCAUGUACGAAAUGGGGAGAUUUUGUGGACAUGCAUAAUACACCAAUCUAGUAGAAUUAAUAAAUCUUUAGCUCAAAUCAUGACAUUGAUUGCCAUUCAUUAAUGGCACUAAUUAGGGAUUGUUAGAAACCUAUCCACACACAUUUCUCUGUUUUUGAGCACUGGGAAUAACACAAAGUAAUAAUUUCCCUAAAUACCUCAAAAUAAAUUAUAUCCUCUUUACAGUUACUGACAGUGCAAAGUGCAGAUCGUUUUAUUCCCUAUCGGAGGGUAGAACACUGAAAUUGGUAUCCUGUAAAUCCAGGGACACAGUUUGUCCAAGAGGCCUGUCUAAAUUCUGCUUGAGUCCAUUUAUUCCAAUAUAUAUUUUACUAAUCAGAAAAAGAUCACUAUACGCUAAUGCCCCCCGUUAUGAAAAAAUAAAAUAUAAAUUCUAGAAAAGAUAAUUAGCACAGCAUGGAUUUGAUGAUGGAAUGUUUCAGCAUAUUUAAAAAAAACUUUUACAAUUUGUUGAUUUUUUUUUUUUAUUACUACAAAUAAAUUGAGUAGGCAUUAGAACAAGUCAUUUUCCCUUGCAGACCAUCUCAAAGGAUGUUAUCAGUCUGUAACUUUAUUUCUUUUAGCACUGUAUUGGAGGAGGAGGCUUUUUCCCAGAAGGGAAUCCCAUCCAAUGUGGAGAUUUUGCUGCCUAUGACUGGAGCGGAUAUGGGACACACAGAGAUUCGAGUGCCAGCAAGGAGAUAACUGAGGCAGCCGUCCUGCUCUUUUACCGCUAAUUGGAAAUUUGCAUGUCACUUUAAACACUUUUUGAAAUAAAGAAAUAUUAAUGAACGUUUUAUACAAUUUUCUGAGUUUUGCUCAUAGAGUAGUAUUGCUGAACACCACUGUUAGAAUGGGUAAAUACUUAUACUCAAAUAAAAAAAUCAAGAUGAAGAAAAAAGGAUUAUCUCCCAUCAAGGGUACCAUAUCAUCAGUGUGUCUGCGAAUCAACUGUUCUCUUGUGCAUAAACAUAAAAAGAAAAAACCAUAGUGUGCACCUUUACACGUAUAAUAACUCUAAUAAAGAUCACACUUUCAGAAUAUCAGUAGGUAACACAGCACAUCACCAUAAGAUGGUAUACCAAGUCUUGGGUCAAAAUGCUGCAGUGUUCCUUUUUUUCUAAUAAAUGUGCUGGGAGCUAAUGGACAGUCUGGUUUAGCACCCUUGGCUUAUGUGGAUUGAGUGCGGUUCCUAUUGGUAUAUGGCAUUAACAUGGUAUAGAACACAGUUCCAUUUUUCACACUCAAUAAAAUUCUCAAGGGUUAAAGCAGCAAAACUGCUUCAUUAAGCUAAAGUUGUUUUGGCACCUAUAGUGUACCUAUAAAAGUUUUACAAGCAUACAGGUACAUGCUAUGUUGUGCACAAGAGAACAAUUUGAUUGCAUAGUUCCCUUAAUGGAAUAUAUGCAGUUUUUUCUUAAUUUCUCUGAGUACAUUAAUUAACUCAUUCAAAAGCUACUAUUUACCAUUAUCUGUAGAAGUUUAGAAGAUUUUAAGGGAUCGUAUAUCAUCUACAUAUUAUUGUGUAUAAAACAGUAAUUGCUCUUUUACAUUAAAUUCUCACUGCCAAUUUUAAAAGGCGUUUGGUAUUGUUAUACAUUGGUGUAUAUUUCUCAUUACAUUCUGAUAUGCAAUUCCAAUAAAAAAUAAAGUUGAAAAUAU